AUGAUCUCUUCGGAUCCUCUGCUUUCGAUCAUUGUAGCAUUUUGUACAUUGGUUUUCUUCUACUUGCCGCAUCUUUUUUCUACAAUAGUUUUUUCACCGGUGAUUAUUCUCACCGGGGUUCUUCUGCUCACAAUCCUCCGUCUUGGUGCAAUUCAAAAGUUUCAUCAUGAUCAAAAGGAAAAUCAACAGAAACAUGAAGAAAACAGAGCAGGAAAAUGCAAAGAAGAAAAAGAGAAACAGAGUUCAAUAAUAUCUAUUAAGCAAGUGCAGAAUUCAGAAAAUGAGGUGAACUCUGAAAUGGGUUUGGAAACAAGUUCGUGUUUUGUGGAAUGGAACGUGAGAGCGCCAUUGGAGGUGAUAUAUGAAGAGUACGAAGGUGAAGAAAAAUGGGAUGCUACAAAUGAGAGAGAAGAGAAUUGCAAUAUGGGUGUUUCGAGUUAUUCUUCGUUGAAUCGUUACUUCCCGGAGUCUGAUUCGGAUAGCUCGUCGGAGAGUGGGUCUCCGACGAUAGAGGAAUGGGAUGAAGAAGCCGGAGAAGGGUUGAUUGAGAUAGCUUUAGAUGGUAGUAAAAGGAUGAAGAUGAAGAUGGAUUUGGAGUUUCAGUAUGAUGAAGAGAAUCUGAUUGAGAUUGAUAUUUCUCCGACGAGGUACGGGAAACUUCCCGGCGACUCUUACCGGUGA